AUGGUACCUCUGGCAGCAACAGGAUACGGAUCUCAAAGCAAGAAUGCUGUAUGGUUGGCUCAAUGUGAAACAGCAGCAGCACAUACUGGAUCGGAUGGAUACAAGGUUAUUUGCAAGCAUCAAUGGAAUGGUAUUGGGAAUACCACAGUGGCAGAGCCUCUUUCGGCAUUACUAUUAUCAAGGCUGCACGUCAAGGAUGUCAUUGUAUAG